UCCAUUUCCUGGUGUGGAUGAUCUAAGACUAAGACGUAGCAAUUAGGUAUCUGACCUGUAAACAGUCAAUGCACACUGAGAAUGGCAGACGCUUUAUUAUUUCCAGGUGAUUUGGUAUCAGUCCCGUGUGCAAUACUUGGGAAUCAUUUUGGUGUAUACAUAGCGCCUGGUGUAGUAAUGCAUUUGAUGGGUGAUGGCGAUCCCGUAAGUCGCACAAGUCUCAAUGAUUUUAAAGGUGAUUCUACAACAUUUGUAAUUGAAUCAUGUCCAUCGAAUAUCGAUCGCAAUGAUGUCAUCGAACGAGCACUGGUUUAUGAAUAUAAACAAUUUAGGGACCAAGAUUACAACGUGAAAUCAAACAACUGCGAACAUUUCGCUAGAUGGUGUCUUACUGGUGUGGCAAGAAGUUUACAAGUAGAAGGAAUUUAUAAGUGGUGUUGUCUUACUAUCAGCGGUUUCAUUUUUGGAACCAAAAAUUUGGGUUCAGGUUCAAGCUCGUGUAAAAGUUUUGGUUCAAGCUCCAAUUCAUAUAAAAGUUUUGGUUCAAGCUCCAAUUCGUGUAAAAGUUUUGGUUCAAGCUCCAAUUCGUGUAAAAGUUUGGGUUCAAGCUCCAAUUCAUGCAAAAGUUUGGGUUCAAGCUCCAAUUCAUGCAAAAGUUUGGGUUCAAGCUCCAAUUCAUGCAAAAGUUUGGGUUCAAGCUCCAAUUCAUGCAAAAGUUUGGGUUCAAGCUCCAAAUCAUGUAAAAGUUUGGGUUCAAGCUCCAAAUCAUGUUAAAGAUCAGGUUCAAGCUCCAAUUUAUGUAAAAUGUCAGGUUGAAGCUCCAAACUUCAACCUGAUUGCACAGAUGGUGUCAGACUUGAUCAGGAAUAUUCCACUGGGAUCAAGCAGCGGAAAGUCCUGGAAAAUUUAGUACUGAAGAACUAGAUUACCCUAAUAUUCAAACAAGAGUCACUACAAUUUACACUUUAUUUUUGUAUGGUCGACCACAAAUUAUAAAAUAAAUGUACAGUAGGACUAUUUCAAUACUAUUAGUAAAGGGUGUGCGGCCUGUGGGAUAUCCUUGUUGUGAAUAAAACGUGUUAUCCUUUCCUCCUGCAUUGUGUAAAUUUAAAUAUAGGCCAAGAUUGUGAAGUUUGCUCGGAAUUUCACCCAUUUGAUACUAACCAAGUCAGUACUGCGUAUUCACACACAUUAGCCUAUAGUCCUACAAAGACAUAAAAAAAAAACCCGGCAUACUCGAUCAUUUAGAAUGUCUAUAUGUUCUGAUAAUUAUAUAUAUUGCAUUGGAGAUUGACAAUAAGACAAAUGGAAAAGCUGUUUUAAAUCUGUCUAUAAAAUUUAUUUUCGUGUGACAGUGUACGAUAAUAGUUUGUCUAUGGCAGCAAUAGAAUUUGAUAUAGGCUUGGGAGUGUAUACGUGAUUACCGUACCCUAUUAUUAGAAACUGUUGAAAUUAAGACAAAAACGCCUCCAACAAUCAUCCGGUAAACUUCAAAUUUGAGAUCAAUGGACAAACGGAAUCCAUAUAUUAUAAUAUCUGUUUUGCAUAUAUCGCUUUUGUAAUGAAGCUGUUUGAUUUUAAAUAUAUUAUAGCAGCUCUUACAAUGACAAUGUACUUGAAUUGUGUGCUUUUAACGUUCCCAGCUCCAAAUUGGACCCAAAAAUGUCUAAAUGUUUACAAGAUGAACACGCAUGUUAAUCAGUCUAAAACGAUAUUCAAAUAUACAGCUAACCGCUAAAAUUUGUUUUGCAUGUCUAUUACACACUGUCACCCACAAAUGAGAGCACAAAUUAUAAUUAUAUCCUUUUUAAGAUUAGGUGGCAAAUUGGUCAUAAAAUUUGAUAACAAUGGACCAUUAAAAUCUAUUGGAAAUAUUUAUUUGAAUAAAUACACCGAUUUUUUAAAGUUUUUUUUUUUAUCAUGAUCAACAGAAGGUUAUGAAUUUGUACACGUUGACCAACCCUAUUGCUGCAUGUUAUCGUUUUGAUACGAUCACUAUUCAAACAGAGAGCAGCAGGUUGAUAAUGUUUUCAUACCACUAUCUAGAUGUGGAACACUGUCACUCGAUUGUUGCUGGUAACUUUGUUUUCAGAUGAAAAUGUGAAUGUAAAGAUUCUUGUGUAUAUAGAUAAGAAGUAUUAUGUGUGAACCGGUAUACAUAUGUUGCAUACGUAUUCUUUUUUCUUUUUCUAUGAACCGACUAACCCUAAAAAUAAAAGGGGGUAAGGGGUCCGCCCCUAGAACAUUUUAAUUCCUAGAUGGCGGGAAUUGAGCUUUCCCGACUUCUAAUUCUCU